AUGCCUCCAAUAACGAACUUUGCUGCAAAUCCACGCUUUGGUCAAGAAGAGAACAAUGAGAACUCCGCGAAAAAACCCUCUGGCCACAAAAUUGUCAUCAACCAGUCAAAAAAGGAAUUGUUUAAUGUACUCUCUGGACUCCGUGGUGUUCAGCGACGUCUAAAAAAUGCGUGGACUGUAGAGACAAACUCGGACGAGAUCACUGAUGGCAUGUUUGAAGGGGUUCGAGCUUUCAUUUUACCAAAUCCACGAGCAAAAUUCAAUGUCUCUGAGAUGGAAUCUAUUGGACGUUUUCUUACAAAUGGUGGAUCCGUGCUAGUGAUGCUUUCGGAAGGUGGUGAACAAGCAGCUGAUACAAAUAUCAAUUUCCUUUUGGAAGAAUUCGGCAUUGUUGUCAAUAACGACGCUGUUAUUCGCAGUAUUUUUUACAAAUAUUUCGAUCCAAAAGAAGCCUUGAUAUCAAAUGGUGUGCUUAACAGAAGUUUAGCCAUAGCAGCAAAGAAAAGCGUUUCAACGGAUCAGCAAAGCAAUUCGCAAACAAUCUCUUUUGUUUACCCAUAUGGAGCCACACUAUCCGUUAAUCGUCUGGCUACCCCUGUGCUUUCUACUGGGAGUGCUUGUUUCCCGCUAGGAAGGCCCGUGGUUGCUUUUCAUGAAACUGAGAAUGCGAAGGGUCGACUUGCCGUAUGUGGAUCUGUUCAUAUGUUCUGUGACCAGUACAUCGACAAAGAAGAGAACAGCAAGUUAUUUGACGCCAUUAUGGAAUACCUCCUAGAAGGUUAUGAGCUGAACAAAAUUGAUGCAACAGAGCCAGAAUUGUCCGAAUACAUGCAGAUCCCCGAUCAUGUAAAGCUAUCUGAAGAGCUAAAGGUUUGCAUGCAAGAAGCUGAUUUUGAUCUUUCUAUAACAUCUGAUUUCACCAAAUGCUUUGAUCAAUCCAUCACAUCGUUUGAUUUAAAUGUUUGGCCAAAAGUGCUAAGGGUGUACGAUCAAGUGCAGGUAAAAGCCGAGCCCUUAACCCUAAUUGUGCCACAAUUUGAGGUGCCCCUACCGCCACUUCUACCAGCGGUAUUUCCGCCCAACUUCCGUGAGCUACCACCUCCAAAACUGGAACUGUUCGAUUUGGAUGAAAUGUUCAGCAGUCAAGAUGUUCGACUAGUGCAGCUGACCAAUAAAUGUGAGGAAAAAGAUCUCGAAUUUUAUAUUCGCGAAGCUGGCGAGAUCCUUGGUAUAUCGUCGGUCUUUCCUACAAGUGAACGCACAGCCAAGCGGAUACUUGAAUAUGUUCUUGCUCAGCUAUUUGAGUUCAAGAAACUGGGACAGGACACUGAUGUUCCCGAGGCUGUUUUAUACGAUGUCGGAGAAGUCGAAGAAGGAGAGAAUGAAGAAGAAAUGUUUUCUGAUUUGGAUGAUUACGAUGAUUUGCAGUAA